AUGACAACACUUUCAACCACUUUAAAUCACACCAAUCUCAGAGACAUCUGGUACACCAUGAUUGGGAUCCCAGGACUAGAAGAUGCACACAUAUGGAUCUCUAUCCCUAUCUGUUCAAUGUACAUAGUGGCCAUUGCAGGCAAUGCACUGCUGUUAUUCCUGAUUAUCACUGAACGCAGCCUUCAUGAACCCAUGUACCUUUUUCUCUCCAUGUUGGCCCUUGCUGAUAUCUUUCUGUCCACAGUCACAACACCAAAAAUGUUAGCAAUCUUCUGGUUCCAAGCUGGAGGCAUUUCCUUUGCCAGCUGUGUGUCUCAGAUGUUUUUCCUCCACUUUAUCUUUGUGGCAGAGUCUGCCAUACUGCUGGCUAUGGCAUUUGACCGUUAUGUGGCCAUCUGCUAUCCACUAAGAUAUACCAAUAUUCUAACCCCAUCUGUCAUCAGCAAAAUGGGUAUUGCAUCUGUGACUAGAAGCUUCUUCAUCUGCUUCCCCCUGAUUUUCCUCGUUUAUCGGCUCACCUACUGUGGGAGGAACAUCAUUCGGCACUCAUACUGUGAACACAUGGGCAUUGCCAGGUUGGCCUGUGACAGCAUCAAAGUCAACAUUUACUAUGGGGUGAUAGUGGCUCUGUUUUCCACCUGCCUAGAUGUGGUACUGAUCAUUGUAUCAUAUGUCCUUAUACUUUGUGCUGUGUUUAGAAUUCCUUCUCGAGAUGCCCGACUCAAGGCUCUGGGUACAUGUGGCUCCCAUGUUUGUGUUAUUCUCCUGUUCUACACACCAGCUUUUUUUUCUUUCUUUGCUCAUCGUUUUGGGGGUCACAGUAUACCACUGCAUGUGCACAUUCUCCUUGCUAACCUCUAUGUGGUAGUACCACCCACUGUCAAUCCCAUCAUUUAUGGCGUGAAGACUAAGCAAAUUCAGGAGAGGGUUAUCCAAGUCUUUUCUUUAGGCAAGACAUUUUGUUGA